AUGUUUUUCGCCGCAUCUAUUGAACAGCACUUCCGUCAACAACGCCCCUCAGGAUCUACUUCCUCCCCACGCAGAAAGGUGAUUUAUGCCAAACAUGGUCUUCCCAGUUCUUAUUCAAGAUCAAAUAUAGAAACACGCUGUCUUCAGCUUCCUCAAUUGCAAGUUCCGAGUCCCCAAGCGGUCGCACUAGCUCAUUUUGUGAUGUCUCUCUGGAAAUUCAAUUCUAAAUCUCGUUCCCAGUUCGAAUAUUAUUCCGCUCUCCCAUGCCGAUACGACCUCGGUGCUCCAUUAACUAAUGGGCCAACGACUAUUAGAUCAUCAUAUCAAUGA